AUUUAGUGUUACUUUGGAAAAUAAAUGUAAAUGAAUCAUUUAUACUUAAAAAAUAAAUAUAAAUAAAUGAAAAAAAAAAUUAUCUUUAUUUUAUAAAAGUAAAUGAUUCCUUUAUAUUUAUUUAUUUAUUUGCUUUCCCUUAUCUCAAUCUACUCUGUCGAAUGACGUAUGAACAAACGAAAUCGGCAGAGUUCAGCGAAAAGCGUUUCCUCGUAAACGUUUGUGUAUGCGUGUUUAAUUAGGUAAAAUACUGUGCUAAAAGAGAAUCUACAAUCCACUUUGUAAUGCUAACAAAUUUUGGAAUUCUUUCUAUUGCAUUUGUUUAAUUGAUGUUUUUACUUCAAUGUCUGUAUUUCAUGAAAACCUUCUCAAUGAAAGAGUAUACCUCAUAAAAUACAGAAACUAAACGUAUGAUGAUCUAUUACACUCGAACAGUUUUUAUCUCUAACUCAGACUUGAUUCUGGUUUUCUCUACGACGGUGUCUUGCCACAUGUUUUCAUUCUUGUCUAUUAUCAAUGAAAGGAGUAUUGAAAAAAGUAUUACUUUUUGUUGCAUCAUUAUAUCGACAAUAUGUGACAUAUUCAAUGUGUAAUUUUGUUUUCAAACUGCUACAUUAGAAUAGUAUUUUCGAUUGGAUUCGGAUAAUGAUUAUACUAUUAAUGUAAUGAAAUAUAGUUCGUUAAUCUAAUCUAAUGUCUAGAUGUUUUUUGAAUGUUAAAAUCUGAUUUUAUCUUUUACAAAUCGAUAUUUAGAUUCCAUCACUUAAUGAAUCACAUGAUCGUUCAUUACCAAAUGGUUGUUUGGUACGUUAUCGUUGUAUGAUUCAAGAUAUGGGAGAAGAUGAAAUUUAUUGCAAUGAUUAUACUGUCCGAUCAAACGAUGGUGUUGAUCAAAUUGAAAAACUAGGAAAAUAUCGUGAUAUACUUGUUUGUCCACCUGGUUAUCAAUUUGUUGAUGUUGAACCGAAUCGUGAAAAAUUUGCAUCUCGUCAAUUAUACUACUGUACAUCGAUACCAAAUGAAACAGAAUGGGUAAAAUAUGCAUACAAUAAUCAAUCGAAAAAUGAAAAUGAUAGACAAAAAAGACCAUCGGAUGAUCCAUUAUUACAAGAGAAACGUGUCAAAAAUGAUUGUGGUGAAUCUCGUUCAUCUAUGACGAUACAAAAUGGAACAGAAAAUGCCAAACAAAACGACUCCUAUGUUGUAAAAGUUUAUGACACGUCCGAUGAUUUGUUAUUGAAUACAAUUAUUGAAUUUAUUGGCGUUUAUUACGAUUGUAGUGAUCAAGAAACUGAAAUGAAUGAAGAAGUUAAUAUGGACGAUGAUCAACAAAAAUAUCCUCAAAUUCACUGUAUUCAAUUCAAAAAACUUCAACAUAAUAAUCCAUUAAUAGAUCAACAAUAUGGAUUGAUUUCAUCUUCUCCCUCAUUUGUUGAAACUCGUUCAUAUUUAUUAUCAUUAUUUUCUCAGUUAUUUUUUAAUGAUACAUUAUUAUGUGAAUAUUUAUUAUUACAUAUAAUAUCUCACGUUUAUGUUAGAGAAGGUCUUUGCUCAUAUGGAAAAUUAUCGUUAAAUAUUUCAAAUAUUACUCAUGAACAACAAUGUUUGAUUACAGAAUUCUUAAAACAAAUUUUACCACUAUGUACAUCAUUUCAAUUAACGUGUGAAACAUUAAAUACUACACAAAUGAUGCCAAAUAAAAAUCUUACAACAAAUCGUCUACAAUCGACUAAAUUUCAAUUACCUAAAUAUACCCAACUGAUUUUAGAUGAAACUCUCAUGGAAUGUGGUCAAUUAACACCAUUGGGUUGUACAAAUAUUCAAUUACUCUCCAAUAUUCUCAAACAACAAAAAUUAAAAUACGAAUUUCAUAUAUAUCAAUUGGAAUAUGAAUGUGAUGUUAAAACAUUGAUUCUUUCACAAACAAAAUCUAUUUUACCUUCCAUUGAUGUUCAUAUCAAACAAGAAAAACAUUCCCAACAAACGCCAGUUUUACAAUCGAUACCAGAAGAAAAAUUAAACGAAAUUCGACUAUAUUUAACCUAUACCAGUCAUUUAAUUCAAUUUGAACAACGAGAUGAUACAUCGACGAAUAUACAAAAUGAUUUUGUUAACAUGAGAAAACAAAAAUUAUUAACAAAUCUCGACGAUUUUCAUUUAUUAUUAGUCAUAGCAAGGUAAAUGAGAGAAAAAUGAAAAGUUACUUUUCGUAUUAGUCAACGUGUAAAUUUAUUCUGAAACUGAAAAGGCGACAGUGCAUAAGCUAAGGAAUCAAUCUAUUUUUGUUUUGGGUGAAAUAACAGACGUCUGGGCAGUUUUCAUCUUUCCAACUCAAAUGAUAUCUCGACUCGAAGACUGGCAUUAACGAGUGCCAUUCCGAUUCGCCUUAGAAGUGCACAAACAAAUAAACAGAUGGAUAGAAAGCUCUUUAAGUUCUACAUACCGGUCCAUUUACAACGUCUUCAUUGGUUUACAAAAAAAUGCAGGAUGUUUCGUAUUUUAUUGGGAGAAGGUUUUUUGGGGUUUUUUGUUUUUUUUUGGAAUGGGAGAUAAUUUUAUUUUUUUAU